CUUGCCUUGGUGAUCCACGGCAUUCAAGAGAAGCCUACCUGGAAUUUAUAGCGCAAAUAAGACAGAGCAAUCGGGCAAUGCGGAAAUAGGUGGACAGUUCCCGUCACCGAGUUUGCAUCCCACUCCCAGGCUGAGGAUCUGAGAGUUCGCGGGGAUUGCAAUUAAGUGACAAGAUAUUUUUUUAUUUUUUGCUCAUCGCGAGCUCAGAUCGCCAGCUUUAAAGUACACUUCGCGGAGGAUUUGACUGAUUUUGAUCUGCUUUUGACAGUGGGCUAAAAGAAACGAUCGUAGCUGAGGAUCAAAGCAACUUGCUUUUUUGCUUGCGAGCAUCAACAUGGACGUGUUGGCGAAUUACAGUAUUUUUCAGGAACUUCAGCUGGUGCAUGACACGGGCUACUUCUCUGCGAUGCCGUCGCUGGAGGAGAACUGGCAGCAGACAUGUCUUGAACUGGAAAGGUACCUACAGACGGAGCCCAAAAGGCUUUCAGAACUCUUCGAUGAGGAGCUUGACUGUCUUCUCACACCAGCCUUCUUAAAAGGGGACAGUGACGAGGAUCUGAUGGACCCUCUGUUACCCAGCUUAUCGGAUGAGCCCAGUCCCCCACCUAUCCUCUUGUCCCUUCCUAAGAACCUUCAUGCCAACACCAAGAGUACUGAGGCAGGGGUAAAAGAGGCCAGUAGCGUAGUAAAUGCUGCCCAGCUCAACGCCGUCACAUCCCUUACACCACCUUCUUCCCCCGAGUUGGGACGGCACCUUGUCAAGCCCACACAGACUCUUACUGCCACAGCUGAUGGCACGCUCACGCUGAAACUGAUGCCCAAGAAAGUGGGUCUUGGGGCGGCGAAGGUAGCCGCGACACAUUCGCUACCUUCACCGCCGAACCGCGGAGCACAGAGUGACGGAGAAGGAGGACUGGGAACGGUAGGCGGAGGAGACACCCCAGAAAACAAAAAGCGGGUCCAUCGGUGUCAGUUUAACGGCUGUAGGAAGGUUUACACAAAAAGUUCCCACCUAAAGGCACACCAGAGGACACAUACAGGUGAGAAACCUUACAAAUGUUCCUGGGAGGGCUGUGAAUGGCGUUUCGCACGAAGUGACGAACUGACGAGGCACUACCGCAAACACACAGGCGCCAAACCAUUCAAGUGCAACCACUGCGACAGAUGUUUUUCCAGGUCUGACCACUUGGCUCUGCACAUGAAGCGACAUAUCUAAGGUCGAGAGAGAAAGGAGAGACAGAGAGAGAGAGAGAGAGAGAGAGAGAGAGAGAAAGAGAAGAUGAAAAUGACUAUACAGGAGUGCACCACUUUUUUUACAACAGACAUUGGGUGCGCACAAGGGGUCUGGCCGUAAACAUCUCCAUGCGGAACAUACGGGCAGCGUGGGCAAAUGUUGUUGGAUUCUACACCCUCUCAAGACAGACUUUUCAUCAGCGAUUAGCCAUGCCUUACCAAGCCCUAGCUUGGAGGUCAGACACUGCCAAACACCACCGUUUUUUGUUCCUUCAUUCUCUUUUGUACAGUACAUCACCACAAGCAUGGGACAGGAAAUGCCACAUCAUGUACAAAAUUUAUACGCACAUUCAUCACAAAAGAUGAACAGUUCUUCUGAAGAAUUACGCUCAUUGUACAUUCUGUAAUGACUUCUUUUUACUGUCUAAACCAAGGACACAUCUCAAUAACCACCCUGCAACUAUGUCGUAUACAGCAAGCAACCAAAUUCGGAAAACAACAUUGCCAAUACGUUCCGAGGAGUGACCAAUGGAACUAACGCCCGGCUAAACGUACCCCCCCCCCCCAAAAGCAGGCUCUGCGUAAACAAAAUAAGGAUGUGUGCCGAUUUCUCAUCCUCUUCGCUCAGGAGCGAACUCUUCUCUGCUCUUCACACCUGUCACCUCACAGGCGACUGAAACGAUGCGCAGCGACACUUUCUUGCCUUUGUUUUAUAAAGACAGUGUUAUGAAAAGAUAGUUGGUUUUCUUUCUGAGCUAAAAUGUCUUAAACUUCUGAAAUAAAUAAAAAAACGUGCUUUGCGAACACAAGCAUAAAUGUGCACAUAUGGGCGACGGGAGGGAAUUGUAAGCCCUCUCAGUAUGCACAAGGUUCGACUCAGUGGCUGCUAUCUGCCACUGACAGUGAAAAAGUUUGAAAAACAUAAGACGGGAAAAUAACCCCCCCCCCCCAAAAAAAAAGGAUCAGGGUUGUUGGCUUGGUAAAAAAGGACUGGCGUCUUCUGUUUUUCAUUUCUAGUUGAUCUGGGGAAAGCAAAUCCAGCUCAACCUGGCGUCAGCACGGACCUUGUGUAACGCUCUUGACACUGGAAAAGUUCUUUUGGCUUUGUGUUGAUACUGGCACCCAUUUAAAAAACGUAGUCCUCCGGUGCACCAAGGCUAGUAGAGCCCAACGGAGGAGACGUUACGGGAGACAGCUGGCAGGACUUUUGACUCUCAGAGCAUCUGCUGGGAUCAGGAUCCAAAAGAACUCGGUGGCAUCAGCCCAGACAAACUUUGCCUGUUUCGUAUCCAUUGUCUGCACUGAUUUUUUCAAUGUUCUCUGUGCUUUUUUCAUACAGUCAAAAAAAAUCUCAAAAACAAAACAAAAAAAGCAUAAAACAGAAAAAGCGACUAGGAGGGGAAAAAAGCAGAAAAUGAUAAAUGCAUAAAAACAAAAUCAAAUCUCACUCGCACACGCGUACGCAACGCAACAACACACACACAGAAUGGUUUCUUUGCUCUUGGCUUUUCCUGAGAAAAACUGAAGAAAAAAAUAUGAAGAACAAUAAUUACCAAGUUAAUGAACAGCGUUAAAACGAAACACUGCAUGGCAGCCUCUUUCAGACAGAUACACACACUUGCACACACACAUGCACAGCUUGCCUCUCAGCAUUAUUUGUUUUUCACCAAAAUCUUCACAGCAGGGUUUUAGCAAUUGUUGUUUUGUAGGAUUGCAUUCCAUCCAGACGUCAGACUCUACAACAAGAGCUUGUUGAUACAUUCUAGUCAAUUACGCUAAACCGGGCCUAGGUCUAGCUCUGUGUUAACAAUCAGCUUCGGUAUCACGGGGACAAAAUAUCUAUCAUCGUUCCCAAGGUUGCGAAGCCUGCCGUGACAUCGCAAUCAGGGCGUUUCCCCGCCGACCCUCCUCUUCUGCAUUGAUUUAAUGGCUGCUGAGUAGGAGGGGAGAUUGAAAGCCAUUACGAUUCAGCAGUUACAUGUAUGGAGUCAUCGCAGACUCUACUAAACCAUCCUAGAGUUUCCCUCAGGGGAGCGGAGCUUCACAAUCAAUACUCUCAAUGCAGAACCACAUAAGAGUGAAGCGCUGGUGGUCUUUCAGUUGAAGUUCUGUCAUAUAUUUUAUCUCUAAACCACAUGUUUGAUUUUAAAAAGAUUUGCCCAUUUCUUUUCAUCUUGGUUUGUUAUGCCAAUUGUUAUUUUCUCCAGCGAAAUGCAAAGUCAUGCCAAAAUUUCGAUAAAAGGGGGAUGAUUUGGUUCAUCUCCACUAAAGUACAAUCAGCUGUGGUUUGUGGCACUUUCCGCGAGAUUUGUAACGACUGUAUGUGCGAACUUCUGUAAAGCAAGCAGGAUGUAUUGCUACAGUGUCAUAAUAGCAUUGUCAAUAACUCGCACCAGUUCUGGAUUUGUAGGACAUUAGAUAGUGUACAGCAUUCACACACCAAUUAGAAAGAGUGAUAGUUAGAAAAAUAACUGCUACAGAAACAUUUUCAUUUUACUCACAGAUAGAAGUGAUGAAAAGCAACAUUUAUUUCACACUGAUCUGGUAUCCCACGACUUUAAUGAGUUUAUGCUCCCUGAGAAAAUGAAUAUUCUGCUGCUUCUUUCGUUCACCAUAUGGGAUAUAACAGCAGGAAAGCAGGGAGCAAAAAAAUGGCGUCAUAUCAUUUCCUCGACACUGAUGAACAAUAAAGCCACAAAAGCUUCUUUCAAAUCAACAUUAAAAAUACACAUAUAAAUAUCAUCUCUUUAAAUACAAGCCAUGCUAAAUGCAAAAUUUACAAAUGAAGAUCCCUUUUCUUUUUUGCCAAGAUGUUUUACCAAAUGAAUAUGGAAUAGUCCAAUUAAAUUCAUUAACAGACGGCACGCCGCACAUAUCGCUUCACAUAUCAAGUGCCAUUCGAAUCCCCGUUCUCUCGCUCUCCGAAAGACAGCAGUGGUACAUGCGCCGUUAAUCGCACAGGCAGCCGAUGCAUACUUACACUUUGCCCAAAGAUUUACGCAUUUGCAAAUAAACUGCUGUGUGAAGGAGAGAAAGGAAUAUUACUCGCAGUAUAUCUUCCCCAAUUCUGCCCUACACCAGCUUUGGUUUGUUUUUGAGCAUCUGAGACCGUUGGUAUGGUCUCAAGUAUGUGCGCUUGUAAAAUACAGUCACGUUUGUUUGAAUGCCGAGUUGAGGAUGAGAUUUAACCAUAGCCGUGAAGUCGCAAAAAGUGGUUCUAGUUUACUGCACAUAGUCAGUGUAGGACGUCUUAAGGAAUACUUUCAUGAUCACGCAUGCCUUUAGAAGGAACAUUGCAGUGCCAAAACACUGGUAAAAAAACAUGAAAAAGUAAGAGUUCACAUGAUUCUUAAAUAUUCACACAAUUUGAAUUUAGUACUGUACAGAAGACGACCUAAUAUCUACUAGAGCAGUGGUUCUCAAACUUUCCAUCUUGUGUCCCCCCCUUCCCCUUGGGGAAGGUGCAUCCCUUCAUGAAAUUAAACAAUCUCAAACUUUUUACAUUUAAACAAAAACAUUAAAUUAUAUUUCCAAUGUUUAAUUACAUAUAUUAAUGUAAUGUCAUAAAACUGUGCACCAUCCUGUGCCCCCCAGUUUGAGAACCACUGCACUAGAGUCAUCCAUACAACAUUAAGACUCUGGAUUUCAACUCAUGAUAUUGACGUGGAGAAGCGUUUCACAUGACAGUAAGAAUGUUUGGAAACAUUCUAAGGGAACAAUUUAGUGUACUAGCAUUUUGGGCACUCUUCCAAUGAAGCUCCCUUCCCAAGCUGUUUGGUUUUUAGCUUCAAAGAGGCUUUUGGCAGCUUUUUCAAUUUUAUACAAAAGAAAAUGCUUGAAACAUCACAAGGGGAUUUUAUGAAAAAGGUCAGGUGACUAAGACGACUUUUUCGUUUUGUAACGUCUUUUAUCGGAAUACCAUUUCACUGCAUAACUAACACUCGUCAUAGCUUAGUGGGUUUAAUGACACUACUGUCGAUUGUCUGCAUAACAUUUUCUAGCGUUUCAAGAUGCACUUAUCACAAGAACACGUCAACUGUUAGUUUAUCAGCAUCUUACAUACAGAAGCUGUUUGGCUUAGAACACAUCAAUGGAAAUGUCUAUUUUAGUCAUUGCUUUACGUAUCGAUGUACACUAUUAUCCUGUCAAAUACCCAUAAAGCUUUCACUUGCAUAGUCCAAAAGAGGUGAGAACGCUAAAUGUUCGGUGGGUUCGGUGUUACAACUCGUAUUUCUUGAGGUAUACUGCAUCUUGAAGUGCAUCUGUAUCCGUGUUUGUCCGAAUUUGAUACGUCAGCAAACGAGGGACCCACUAGGUCUUCAGCUUUAUUGCGUUUCUCAACCUCCCACCCCAACCAUCUAACCCACCCUGCACCUGCAAAACCACAGUCAGUUUUGACUGAACCUCGCUGCUCUUCUAUACUACGAAGAUCACGUCAAUUCCAUUCUGCAGUUCAUAGAUGGCUCACAGUAUGCAUUACCAGCCGUCACCUAUGAAUGUCCGUAGAUGUAUCUAACCAGGGAGCAACCGGCCAACAACAGACCUCAGUAACUCAAUGCUUUCCAGGUGCUGUCUCUCUCUUACCCAAACAUGGCUCUCGAAGACAGCCAUCAGAUGGUAGAGCAGGUACAGAUAUGAAAAAAAUCGAACAGUAUGUGCCAUCUUGAAUUUGAUUCAUAUCUAUGGAAGUAGGAUGAGAUUUAGCCAUAUGUAGGCUAAGGAUGUAGUUUCUUGCUAGAGCAGGGACCCUCAUAUUCACGUCUCCCCUUCGCCACAUCAUUAACACUCCGCCCCUCUCACUUCCAGUAAUCUUCACACUCUUUCUCUCGGUUUUUCUAUUCAGUUCUUUCCUGUGUGUUUUUCUUUUUGGUUAUUUUGCUGUACAAAGUGUUUAAAAUAUUAUUAUUUGUAUGAUAUAAUGUUAGUAUGGUAAUGUUCUUUAUUAAGGAAGAAGAUGAAAUUUAUUUUUGUUACUGGUCUGUUUCAUAAUUCUUUUUUAAAUUGGUAUUGUAAGAUAUCUAUGCAAGAACUGUUCAGUGGAGCAUUUUUAUUUAAGAAUGUAAUAAGUGUAAUAAAUGGUAGAAUCUG